AAUUCCACCAGUGGUGGCGCCACUUGUUUAUUGUCAAUUUUUUGUAUUUUACAUCAAAAACCGGCAAAAAUAAAUAAAAUGAGUUGAUAUUACCCCACAAGACUACACAAUGGGUGAAGUUAUGAAACAUCUGCGUGAGAAAUCGCGAAAACGCAAGCAACUUCUCGCCCAAACUCUUGGUGUUUCCAACCCUGAAGAACUCCGACAAGUCCUCGGGACUACAAGCGAGACUCCCAAGAGACGGCCCGACUCCAUCAACAACGAAAAUGAUAAAUAUGAUUACAAAAAAGACACUCCAAAUGAGUUGGUGUAUCGUGACUCUUCAACAUUUCUUAAAGGGACCCAAUCGUCGAACCCCCAUAAUGAUUACUGCCAACAUUUCGUCGAUACGGGUCAAAGACCCCAGAAUUUUAUCCGCGACGUGGGUCUAGCAGACCGGUUUGAGGAGUACCCCAAAUUACGCGAAUUAAUUAAAUUGAAAGAUGAACUUAUUGCACAGACUGCUAACCCCCCAAUGUACCUCAAAUGUGAUUUAUCGACUUACGAUUUGAAAAACCUAAAUUGUAAAUUUGAUGUGAUUUUAAUUGAACCACCUUUGGAGGAAUAUCAGAGGACUAUGGGGGCUACAAAUAUGCAGUUCUGGUCAUGGGACCAAAUCAUGAAUUUAGACGUGGGGGAAGUGGCAGCACAACGAAGUUUCGUGUUUUUGUGGUGUGGAAGUUCUGAUGGACUUGACAUGGGGCGUGUGUGUCUUAGAAAAUGGGGCUUUCGCCGAUGCGAGGAUAUUUGUUGGAUUCGAACAAAUAUUAAAAAUCCGGGUCACUCGAAAAAUCUCGACCCCAAAGCUGUGUUUCAAAGGACCAAAGAACACUGUCUUAUGGGGAUUAAGGGCACAGUUCGGCGCUCCACCGACGGGGAUUUCAUUCACGCUAAUGUCGACAUCGAUUUGAUCAUUUCGGAGGAAAAUGAAUAUGGAAGUUUGGAAAAACCAGUUGAAAUUUUCCACAUAAUUGAACAUUUCUGUUUGGGACGUCGGCGGCUCCACAUUUUCGGUAGAGACAGUACUAUACGUCCAGGUUGGUUAACGAUUGGGCCCGAAUUAACAAAUUCGAAUUUUAAUGCCGAUUUAUACGCGAGUUAUUUUACUAGUAAUAAUAUAACGACGGGAUGUACGGAACGAAUUGAAGCUUUGAGACCAAAAAGUCCGCCUCCGAAGGGUAAAGGGAAUUCCGGAGGACGAGGUCGGGGUAAUUUUCAACGGGGACGUGGUCGAGGACGUUAAAAAACGACUUGUGUUUUUUUAAAGCUUUUUUAUUUUAUUUAUGACACUACUAUAGUCUCCAGCAGUGCUCUCAGAUCUGACUUAAAAAAAAUUAUAACACUACCAUCAUCACCAGCAGUGUUUUCAGAUCUAACUUAAAAUAUAAUAUUAAUCUUGGAUCACAAUCACAAUAAGCAAUAUCAAUAUAAAAACUAUAAUAACCAUACAAUUAUGUAUUUAUAUAUAAAAAUAGUGGUUUACUUUAUUUUUUUCGUUCAAUAAUAAUGACGCAGUCACAUAA